AUGGAACCUCCAGAGAUGUUGAAGAACCUUUAUGCUUCGAAAAGGAACUGUGUUAAUGCAACCGCUACUAACAACAACGAAAUCAAACAGAUUGUUUGCAUUGCUCCAAGACUUGUCCCAAAUCACAAAAGAACCAUUACAAAAGAGAUUGAACUGGUUUUCAAAAGGGAGAGGCGGCUGAGUGAUGCUGUGAUGGAGGGCUACUGCUGGGCUGGUAGUGGUGGAGCCGCAGAGGAGGGAGGCGUGAGGCACCGUUUGUUACUAUCUUAG